AUGAUUCUUCUGUACCUCUUUUUGACCAACUUUGCCUUUGGAAAACUAAGUCUCCAAGAUCGCAACAAAAAUCCAUGCGUCGUAUCGCUCAGGUCGGAGAGCGAAGUCCUUUUCGAAAAAUCCUGCGAAAUCAAAGCUGGGGACGUGGCGAAUUUCUUCAUCGACGAAAUGGCAGUUGCUGAUGCUGAGAAAAUCAAAGAAGUAAAACUGCGAUCGGAUUUCCUCAACUCCAUUUUGUUUCAAGCGCCGAUAAAGCAAAUCAACCUGGAGAAUAAAGAAAACUUACAGAUUCGAAUAAGCAAGGGUUACGCACCAAUCUCCGAUUUUUAUGCUUCCUACGAUAACAUGUACGAUGCUGACUUAGACGCCGGGAAGAAGGAAUUUGAAGACUGGGAAUACAACACUGGGAAAACAGUAGCUAACGUCUCAAUUUGGGCUUCAAGGACAAUUAUUGUCGUCAUUCUAGUUUUCGUUAUCCUUCUGAUGUAUGCUUUGUCAAAGCUCUUCAAUUUCAUGAACGAAAAAGGACCUGGAUACUCGCCAAUCUAG